AUGGAAUCUAUAGAGAAAGUCUUCCGAUUUCUGGUGAAUAGGGGCGCAGACAUCACCGUACGAACCCCGGAAGGUGACAACCUGCUGCAACUGGCCGCCAAACACAAAAAUUGGCCAGUCGUAGAGCUAAUGUUGAAACGAAGGGCAAGUCCUUAUGAACCAGACAGCGAGGGAUUUUCUGUCAUUCAUAGACUUGCCGAAUACACAGGGAGAAACCUCUCAGCUCUUUUUAUGCUUUUUAACAAAACUGCAGUGAUGACAUCACGGACCCCAAGUGGUGAAACAUUUUUUACAGCUUGCAGCAAAACAUGGAAACAUCCCUGUGGUGAAAUACCUGGUUCAGGAAGCAAGGGAGCCAACCCACGCCUUCGUAGCUCUGUGGGCGAUACAGCUCUACACCUGGCGGCCAGACACAAUAACUGGGACAUAGUUGAGCGACUUGUUGAGCACGGGUGUGACCUGAAUGAGCCCGACAGUGAGGGAUUUUAUGUUCUUCACAGACUUGCGCAAACAGCCCAGCGGAGACUGGUAUGGUGGAGCUCAAGAGAAACACCUGAAGACACUCUCUUUCGUACCCUUCUUAACAAAGGUACUAAUGUGUCUGUUCGCACCUCUGCUGGCGAUAGUGUCAUACAGCUGGCAGCAAAAGACGGUAACUGGAAAAUAGUUGAACGUCUUUUGGAGCUAGAAUGGGACUUAAACGAACUUGAUAGCGAGGGAUAUAAUGUUCUUCACAGGUUUGCGCAAACAACUCGGCAGACACAGGUACAGGACGACAUUUUCUUUUCUACCCUUCUUAACAAAGGUGCAGACGUGUCUGUUCAAUGUCGUACAAGUGAUACUGCCUUGCACCUGUCGGCUAAAUGCAAUAACUGGAAAAUAGCUCGAUUUCUAGCUCACCAAGGAUGUGACAUGAACCAGCCUGACAGCGAAGGAUGUUAUAUUCUAUACAGAAUUGCACAAGAAGUUGACGGAUGCCGCAAAGAUCGUUAG